AUGGCUCAAGUCGCAACGAGAAGAUACCCGGGACCCCUUGACCCAAGCUACGUACCAGAGGUCUCGAUCACAAGACUCCCAGCCACAGCACCCAUUGAAAAGAUCCUCGCUAUCCUAGAUCGGGACGGCGGCAUCAUCCUCGAAGACUUUGCGACAGCCGAGGAACUACAAAAGAUAGAAGAUGAGAUCAAGGAAUCUCACAGAGAAGAAGACAAUGGCAAGACCCAUACCGGUCUUCCAAUCGUCCCCUCCGAAACCCGUGUCGUGCCCGGCCUGGUCGGGCGGUCCAAAACCGUUGCCGAAUUGUGCGAAAGACCCGUACUAAAUCAGCUUCGAGAGGAGAUCUUAGUUGACAAGUUCUCGGUGACCCGCGAGCAGUUCACAGACCAUUACAGGAUUGAUCCAUUACUGAGUAUCAGUCUGUCAUUCCAAAUCAACACAGGUGCGCCACGGCAGUCCUUGCACCGCGAUGAUGCAAUCCACGGUACAAAACACAGCGCGCCGUUCGAUUUGAAGAAGGCUAGCCAAUUUGCAUGUUUGAUAGCGGGUUGCGAGACCACGAGGGCGAACGGCGCUACGAUGUUUGUGCCUGGUAGUCAUCGGUGGGAUGAUAAUCGGAUUCCGCGCGUGGACGAAUUAUGCUUUGCGGAAAUGAAAGCAGGCUCAGCGCUCAUCUUCAUGGGCGCCGCCUAUCACGGCGGUGGACACAACAGUGUCCCCAACUUCUGUCGUAUUGUGCAUGGACUGUUCUUCGUCCGUGGUACUCUGCGUACAGAGGAGAAUCAAUUCUUGACAAUUCCUCAUAGCAAAGCACUCACAAUGACGCCGGGAAUGAGGACUCUUUUAGGGUACAAAAAACCGGACACGGCGUUAGGGUUAGUGGAGAAUAGGGACCCGAACGAUGACCUUGAGGACGUUUUCAAACAUCUUGCAGCGUGA